AUGUUUAGUUACAGAAUUUUUGAUGCAGAAGACGCUUCUCCGCGAGCAUGGUGUCCAGAAAGGCUAGUUGGCGCCCAACUCGACCAAUGGUUACAAGCGGACUUUGACAGACUAUACGUCAUCUCCACUCUUGUCGUCAAGGGCCGUAACACAAAGCCAGUAAGCAAUUUAUCUGUUAAACAUGCUUCUGAAUGUCGAAUUUGA